AUGUACUGGAUAGAGAUCGCCGACAAGAAGGAAGAGGAAGAAGACGAAGAAGAGAAAAAAGUAGAAACGGGCAUUAUGGGCUGGACCAGUUUUGAGUUCUUUUGGGAGGCUAUUUGGCAAAGCACCUGUGGUGUACACUGUCGUAAAGAGGGUAUCCGGUUGUUCUCGACUCCCCGGUUGGAUGUCAAAGCACUGGUCCUGGUCUACAAGUAG